CAGACAUUUCUUGAAUUGAAUGUUUUGGAUUUUAUAGCUAAACUACAUAUUAACCAUUCGAGUUAACCACGAGAGAACCAUUUGUGUUAGCAAAUAAUACGAUUUUAUAUCAUGCCGGGAGUUGAGAGUGACGAAGACUACAUCAUCGCCAGGGCCAAGGAAGCUCAAAAACACAACAUACAUUCUGCUAAGGCAUGGAUGCUUACUGCCAAAACUUUAUUUCCAACCAAUUUCAAAAUUCAGUUUGAAGCAUAUCUAAUGGAAAAACAAUACGGCAACGUGCAAGAAGCAGCAGAGUGUUUCAGUUCAUUAAUGUUAUCACGGCAAAAUCUAUCGGAUCUUUUGCCCGAAAUAUCGGCUAUUGCCAACGCUCUUAAGUCAAAUGAAACAAGCUUUUUGAGUCAAAUGUUUGAUAACAUAGUUCCUGACAUACAAUUAACUAUUCUGAAGACUAGUGUUGAAAACAGUGAUGACACUAUGGAAUAUUGUCGCCUUCUUGUUUUACUUUUAAAGAAGUUCCCUCAACUCGGUGUAGAUAGCCUGGUAAAGACUCUAAUUAAAGCAGAAAAGUUUUUCUACGACAAUAGAUAUGCCCGUUUAUUGGUAGUUGAAACUUUACCGCUACUAAGCUCUUUAGAAUCUCCUAGGUUGCUUCAACGUCUAUUAGUCGAAGCAAUUGACUUUUACAAUUCAUAUGUUUAUGAUGAAACUGAACAUGAUAUACCAGAUCCUUGGCAAAGACUUUAUGGAGUUUUAGACUUGUUGGGCAGGCAACUGGGAUGGGAUUCAUUUUUGGUUAAUUACAAUAAUAGUUUGAAUAAAGAAGCAUACUUCCAAAAGUUACUAGCAUUGAGGGGUUGUGAAGAUUGUCGCCAAUUAUUAUAUUGUGGUACUACCUUUUUCUUGAGAUGUCUAUAUGAGCAGAGAUCAUUAAAAGGAAACCACAUUCUAAUCGAAGCAUUGUCAGACCCAGAGCAGCCACCUUCAAAAAGGAAGAAAGGUGAUAUAGAAGUGACAGGCGUAUCGGCGCACCAAUUCCAGGCAGCAGCAAAUUGCUGGGAGCUAUUACAUACUAAUGAAGUGACAUCCAGGGAGUUCAUGAAAUUAUCUAACCAAUUACAAGUCAAACCUUGGUCUGAAGGUUUUGCAGAUGAGUUAGCAUUGUAUCGUGGGAGAUAUGAUGAUGCAAUGCCUCAUCCUACAAUGACCAACCUUGCAGCAAACAUUGUAAGAGUGUCAAUAAACUAUUUUCGAAAAAAUUACACAGCAUGUGUGGAAAAUAUCCUGGCAGCAUUGCCACAAUUACCAACUGUUGAAGGAGUGCUGGAAAGCGAGCUCAUAGUAGGAGGAAAACAUAGACACUUACACUUCCUUCCAAUGACAAAAGUUGCUAUCAUGCAUUACUUUUGCACAUUACUCAUCAGGAUAUUGUUGAAUACUGGAAAUAAUUCUGACUUGACAUAUGGUCAUAUAUUAGUGUUAAUUCAAUUGGGCUGGCCACAAGAGGAGGCUGUAUUUAUACAAAUAUUGGACUACAUUAAACAGAAAAAUGUUUUUCAUUAUCAUCUGUUUACAGCUUACAUCAUACACAUUGAUAUAUUGGAAGAACUUAGCUUUUUAUGGAAUGAACAAGGUAAUAAUGUUGCCUUAGACAUUUUGCCCAAUUCUCAACAACACUUGGGACAACGAAGGAUUGGUACUAGAGGAGCUGACAAAGGAGUCAAGGAAGACUUCAGACAAGCAAUGAAAGCUCAAGUAUCCAGGAGUAAUGAAUCUAUAUUGAAUUUAAUUAUCCAAUUCAUAAACUCAGAAAGGUCUUAUUUUCUAAUGAUAAGAUAAAUAAAAUGAAUGUUAAUAAUCUUAAUAGAAUAUAAAGUUUAUUUUAAAUGUUAUCUGAAUUAAACUCAUCCCUGUAACAGUAAAGUUGUUUAAAAUAAAAUUAAGAACUGCCUUCGUAUGAGCCCACAGCU